CUGUUCUUACAGCACAGAAAAGUUCAUUCAAGCUGUGGAAGAAGAUAUCGAACGUGAAAAAGUUGCAGCAGAUGACAUAAUAAAAGGCAUGACUGAUGGAAGAUCAAGUUACAUAUAUGGAGAUGAAAGGCUGAGAAUGAAAAGCUGUCUGGGGAAUUAUUUGCUCAACAGCAGGAACUGGAUGCACUAAGCAUAAAGGAGGCGUCUCUGAGAGAUGAAAUAGCAAGCUCCCCUGUGAAAAUGGAGGCAGUGCAGAUGUAUGAAAAGCUUAGUGAGCUUGAAGAACGUCGGAAUCAAAUGAUUGCUGAGGAAGAGAGCAUGGAAUCUCCACAGGAGGAAAGGGAGAGAUUACUAAAACAGGUUAAAGAGGAUAAUCAAGAAAUAGCAAGCAUGGAAAGACUGCUGGCAGAAGUAAGAAAGAAAACAAACCAUUUUAAAAAUGUUAUUCAACAACUCGAUAUGGAUUUGGAGAAACAUCAAGGUGAGGAAAACUGGAAAUAUGAGGAGCUGAAGAAGAGAGAAGUAAACAUAGACAAUUUUCUGGAAACUUUUGAAGAGCUGAAGGCUCAGGAACUGGAGAGAAAGGCCCAAAAAGAAGCCAGUAUUAUUGCACUCCUGGAACACUCAAGUAGGAAUGUGAACCGUAUGAAACAAAUUUCAUCUGUUACCAGCCAAGAGCUGAAGAUUAUGCAGGAAGACCUGACUUUCAAAUCAUCUGAAAUGCAGAAGUCACAGAACACUGCUAAGUAUCUGAUUACAGAGAGUCAGAAGCUGCAAAUGGACCUGCAGAAGAUGGAACUUCUGGAGAGCAAGAUGACUGAUGAACUGGCUUCCCUUAAAGAGAGAAUUGAACAAACCACAGCUGAACUGGAAGUUUAUAAGGAUUUGCCAGCUCUGAAAGCAUCAGGAGAAGAGAAGGAAAAGAGACUACAGGAAGACAAGGAAAAAUUAACCAAACUUAGCCAUGGUUUCAAGAAAAUAAUGGAAACCUUGAAUGCAGAAUAUGAGACCCUAAAGAGAGAGCUGCAGGAGAAUGAGACAUAUUCGCAGGUACAGCUCGAGCUACAAAUCUUCACUUCUGUUGUUUAUAUCACUGUUUCAUUCCCUCAUACACAUGAAGCAUUGUAUGAACCGAAUGAGUUUGUUCCUCCUCAGAAAGAAUUAAAAGAAUGCAUUGAAAACGCACAGCUGAAUUUUCUGAUUUUAAACAGAAAUUGAUACUGUGCUGAUAAA